AUGGUUCUUCUGAGCGUGCUCGCAUGGCUUCAGCGGACAAUGUUCCUCGAGGCGGAGAGUGACUGUUGUACGACGGCGGCGGCGGUCGGGUUGGACGACGUCUACGGCCCAUCCAUCUCACCGAUUGCCGGCGUUGUCACCGCCGCCGCUUGGUGA